AUGAAUUUGCAAAACUUAACCCCAAAGAUAGAGCCCGAGUCUAGCUCUAAUGACACGCUCAUCAAUUCCACUACCCAGCAAAUUACCACAAAUAAUGCUCCGAGCACGACCGGAUCGAUGUUACGCCUCUCAUUAUGGGUCUCGUUUGCCGCAUGGAUCUCCAAUUUUGACAAUGGCUACGCCGGCACGGUCCUGGUAAUGCCUUCUUACAAGCACGCAUUUGGAAGCUGCGAGCAAGUAAUAGACCCAAAAACAUAUGCCGAAAUCCAGCAUUGUUCGUUGACACCACUACAACAAUCCCUCAUCAGCCUCAACUUCCUGUUCAUUGCCAUUGGAGGCGGCAUUGCGGGUGUGACCGGUCAACGCAUUGGGCGCAGGGGGUCAAUCCAGGCUGGAUGCACAUUGGCUAUUAUCGGCGCCGCUGGAAUGCUUGGCACCAGUGGAAGCUUCUUGCGCUACAUGGUCUGCAGAUCGAUCAGUGCUGUAGGAAUUGGACAGCUGAUGGCAGCCAGUGUCACUUAUGGUUCCGAGUGCAUCGUCGCCAACAAGCGCGGCUUGUCUUUAGGGUUGUAUAAUGUUGGACUCGCCGGGGGGAAUGUUGCUGCUUUUGCUGUGUGUGCGGGUUCUGCUCGUCUGGAAGCAACAAACGACUGGCAGUGGAAGACACCCAUUCUAUGCCAAAUUCCCCUGGGGGUUAUUCUUGGUGCUGGUAUCUUGAUGCUUCCUGAGUCACCGCGCUGGCUCAUGGGACAUGGCCGAGAGGAAGAAGCGCGGAAAUCCUUCGGUGUGCUAUACAGCCAAAGUCCAUAUUCGCCGGAAAUCACCGAGCAGAUCGGUUAUAUCAGAACCAAUCUUGCGACCGAGCGUGCAAUUCUCAAAUCCGUUUCUUACUUUGAUAUUUACCGCAAGAAGCAUAUCGUUCGCACCUUGACAUCUGCCAUGAUCAUGGUUGGAAUCGCCAUUACUGGUAUCCAAUUUGUACAACCAUACGCUACACUGUUCCUUAAAGGAGUUGGCAUCAGCGACCCAUAUUUGAUCAAUGUCAUCAUUGGCUUGUGCAUCCUAGGAGGAUCGUUCUUUGGCCCGUUCAUUGUUGAAUACGGUGGAAGGAGAAUUGCCAUGCUUGGGGGCUAUAUUGUCAUGGCUGUCUGCAUGCUCACUCUUUCCUCUGUGAGCACCGCUCUUGGAAUGAAUGAAAAUGCCGAGAUAGUGACGGUUGUUCUUUUGUGCUUGUGGGCUUUUGUCUUUGGUGGGACUAUUGCUGCGAGUGCCAAUCUAUCUUCUGUGGAGAUGCACAGCGUGUCACUUCGCACCUUCGGACAAGCCAACACAACAGUAUUCUAUGGUAUAUUUGCCUUUGGUGCAACAUUCUGGACGCCUUACAUGUUAGGCGCGGAUUACGGGAAUAUGGGUCCCAAUGUGGGCUAUUUCUAUGCUGGUGUCACCGCCGUCAUCGGGGUUUUAACCUUCUUGCUGGUGCCAGAGACUGCUGGGAUUACGCUGGAGCAGAUUGAUGAGGGAUUCAAUUCAGGAAUUAGGGCUUGGAAAACGUCACUGCCCAAAAAUAAAGUCAUUGUUUCCACUCAGGAACGGGACAUGGCAGGUGGAAACGUUGAAGCUUAA